AAACACAUCGUCCAGAAGGAACGGGAGACGGCGAGAGGAAGGGAGCGAGGUAGGAGGGCGAGGAAGGGAGCGUUAAACCCACCCGGCCGACGCGAAGGACGACGCCGCACGAGCAGCUCGGAAAAGGAAAGGACGCCAGCGGGACCUUCAAAAGCCCUCGACCCCCCUUUUUUUCCCUUCCGCCAGGACAAACUUCGCUCGUCGUUUUUUAGCAGGUGAUGAUCUUGGAUUAUUGCUUUUUUUUCACUAAAAGGAUGAAUUUUGAAGUGAGCUCAGCUUGUCGAGCAAUGGCGCAGGAGACGAACCAGAGCCAGGUGCCCAUGCUUUGUGCCACAGGCUGCGGUUUCUAUGGCAACCCGAGAACCGACGGCAUGUGCUCCGUGUGCUACAAGGAUCACCUCACACGGCAGCAGAGCAGCGACCGCAUGAGCCCCCACAGCCCUAUGGGCUCAGCCAGUAGUCCCAUCUCCGAGGCCUCUGCCAUCCAGAGACUAGAAGCCAGUCUAGCCAAGGUUGACGCCUCCCCUGCCUCUUCGCCAGACAUGUCUAGAAUUGUUCAAGGAUCUCUUCCUGUGACCCAACAAAUGACAGAGAUGAGCAUCUCGAGAGAGGACAAGCCUGAACCGUUAGAGCCUGUUGUAAACCAGCCUUCUGCUUCUAGCACUUCUCCUGUAGCUUCUUCCAGUAGUGAAGAAGGCAAAGGUGAAACCCCAAAACCCAAGAAGAAUAGGUGCUUCAUGUGCCGCAAAAGGGUUGGCCUUACAGGGUUCGACUGUCGCUGUGGCAACCUGUUCUGUGGCAUCCACCGGUACUCCGACAAGCACAACUGUCCCUACGAUUACAAGGCCGAGGCGGCCGCCAAGAUCCGUAAAGAAAACCCUGUGGUGGUGGCUGACAAGAUCCAGAGAAUAUAGAUUUUACAAAACGAUAGAAGCAGCAACGAUGACAACACCUUUUGAAAAAAGACUGGAGUGUGAACCUUUUGGAAGGAGCACCGAGUAGCUAAGUGGGGAUCGAAAGGACUUGAUGUACAAAAUUGCAACCUCAAGAAAUGUUGGGAAAAAAAAGAAGAAAAAUCAAACGCUCCUGUCUGAGGGAGAUGCAUGAAUGAUCACUUUCCUCUUUUAUUUUCUUUUUAAUUAAUUCCUUAGUUGUGUUUUUUUUUUCCUACUUUCUCUGUGUGACUUUGCGGCUGUCCUGUUAAAAAAAAAAAAAAAAAAUGUAUUGUCUUAUUAAGAGCAGCCCAGGCUAACUGCCCGGGAUGUGCUGUGCUCCUCUCACCCAAACCAGGGCCAUUUUGUGCCAAACCGUAGACAGACAUUUUACUCCGACCCUGUCGUGUGUAGGACACUCAUGUCUCUCAGCAUUCAAACACAGUAACUGUCCACACGAGUUGUGUCCCUCAACCGCUCAGCUUUUUGUUCUGUGCUCCGUCGGUACUGGAGUCGGUCAACGUUUGGAGAACCGUACCACUGUCCCCCACCGUGCACAAGGGGCUUUGUUACUUUGUCUCUGUCUUUCCUAGCUUUACCUACCUCACAGCUGCUGUGUUAAGCUUUGUUGUUGUCGUCUCUGUUCCGUUCGUUUUCAUCAGCUCUGACCCCAGCAGAACUAUGGAUCAUCUUGAUAGUCGGCCUCAGUGACCCUCUGAUCAGCAUGUCUGUGUUGACCUUGAUUGGUUUGAUUGUGAUGAGGCUGUCCAUUAAGGCUGGAGGUAUCAUGCUAGACAGGCACAAGCUAAUUACUCCCAAGUUUUAAUAAACGUUUUCAAACAGUGGAUGUGGGAUAACGGGGUUAUUUUAAUGGCAGACGCCUGGUGCAGGGCUGUGUGGCCUGAGAAGAAGGAUGCCCCACUUCCCUUGCAGGCCUGGUCAGUGUAUUUAGGCAGCAUUAGUGUAGGAGCAUGAAUGAAUGGGAUAAAUGCAUGAGUUACUCUUCAUCUGCGUUAGUGUUUCAGAGAUAUUUGCCACCUCUCAACUUAGGGUUUCUGAUAUUUUAUUUGCUGAGUGACGAUUACCUGUUUUUAUUAGCAUUUUCUUCCUCUUCCAUUGAUAUUGUACUGAUGUUGGCGCAUGCAUUCAGUGCAUUUGUGGAAUUAGGGUAUGUGAAUCAUGAUUUUUAACUUUUUUUUUUUUUCUUAAUACGCUAACAAAACAUUUGCGUGUGUGUGUGUUUUGUCUGUGGAGCUACCCGGUUUAUCAGCACACGUUUACAGAACUACAGGAGCAUGCCAGAGCUAGAUUUAUGAAAAAUAGUAGAUACCAGGAUUAGAUGUAACAUCUCAUCUGUCUAAUGGCUAUUGGUCUGUACGACUGCUUUAGAGCACCGUAGAGAAACGCGUGUAUGUGUAUUUUGUGAGUGUGCAUGUGCACAUUCCUGUGUAAGAGUGUUUUCAUGGCUGCCUGACACAUUGAAACCCAAUGUAUGUUUGUGACUUGUGUUAAUUACCCCUUUUUCUCCCCCUGUAAGGAUGUUUAUUUUAUUUUUUCAUUUAAAAGAAAACUAUGUAUUUGUUUUGAGGUUUUUUUUUUUCCUUCGGAUUCUUAGUUAUAUGCAAAUUUGUACAAAAAAAUGAUAAAACAACAAACCGUGUUGAUAUUUAUGUAUUACAUAUAAUCUUGCUAUCCAGCAUUACGACAGAAUAGUAUCAUGUAAAUAAAACUGUACAGAGAGACGUUA